CUCUGAUUGGUCAGAACCGCAGCCCCUCCCCCUUGCAUCGAUCGUUCUCGUGAGCCACCGAGGGUCUUUUUCAACCGUUCACGGUCCCAGCAGCGCAUUUUAACGGCUUAAAGGAAUGUAGACAGCCGCUGUAGCUUCACUGUAAGCGGUGGUUUUCCUCUGCGGUGAAAGUGUGAAGGUUUUUCCUCCGCCUCCAGAUGCGCAGGACGAGGAUACAGAGGAAGAAGUAGCAGCCAGCCGAUACAUUGUUUUGAACAGGCGGCUAACUUCAGUUCAGUGUGGAGUUUUAACAGCUAGCUGCGCGCGCCUCUAGCCGAGAAGCCCUCAUAAUUCACGGGGUAACCGUUUUAGGCGAAGCAGGUGCAGUCAGUUGGAGGAACAUGGUGACUUUCUUUGCAGCCGUUAGACCUUUGGUCUCUCACCUCCAGCGACAACUCGUCAGACACGCCAUAGGUCCCAGGAUGACGCCUGUCCGACGGUGCAACCUCACGGCGUGUUCCAGCAAAUAUGUCCUGUCCCAGAUGCACCCCAUGUGGCAGGGGCCCCUGGAGGUGCCAGGUGGAGAUAAUCAGUCUCCCAUCGACAUCGCCGCGAAAAAAGCCGUCUUCGACUCGGAUCUGAAGCCGCUGGAGUCCAGCUACGACCCGCAGACCUGCCAGCAGAUCUGGAAUAACGGUUACUCCUUUCUGGUUGAGUAUGACGACACUACUGACAAGAACAUACUGAAGGGUGGCCCACUACAGGACAAAUACAGGCUGUGUCAAUUCCACUUCCACUGGGGUGAGAGCAACGACUGGGGCUCAGAGCACACUGUGGACCGAAGGCUGUUUCCUGCAGAGCUCCACUUGGUCCACUGGAACUCUGACAGGUACACUCUGUUCGAGGAGGCGGUGAUGGAAGAAAACGGACUCGCCGUUAUUGGAAUUUUUCUGAAGGUGGGAAAGAGACAUGAGGGGCUGCAGAAGCUGGUUGACGCUCUGCCUGCUAUCAGACACAAGGACAGCGUGGUGGAGUUCACCCGCUUUGAUCCAGCUUGUCUGCUUCCCUCCAACAUCAAUGAUUACUGGACGUACCACGGCUCUCUGACCACGCCUCCUCUCACAGAGUCCGUCACCUGGAUUGUUAUGAAGCAGCAUAUUGAAGUCAGCCAUGACCAGCUGGCGGUCUUCCGGAGCCUCCUGUUCACCUCUGCCGAGGAGGAAGUCCAGAAGAGCAUGGUGAACAACUUCCGGGUGCAGCAGCCUCUGCAGGGUCGCACCGUCCGCUCCUCCUUCACUCCCUUCCUGCAGGAGGCGCCGUAGAGGUGACAAGCAAAGUGGCAUGCCCUGCUGGACUCAAUAACAACACAACACUGUUCGUCGAAGCAGAACAACUGUUUUUAUGAUCGGUUUCCUCUGGGGAGCUUCAUCCAGUACAAUCACUUCCUGUUUUACGGAGGAUGGAAGAAAACUUGAGCUUUUACUCAGAUUUUGGUUUGACUGUUUCAGACCAGUUAUCAAUAAGGGAAUAAGGGUAACUGAGGGGGAUUUUAUUUGAUUUUAAUGAUUAUAUUAUCAUAAAUCAUAUUUAUUCUACAUUACGGAGUUCAGUUGCAUUGAGCUUCAGGUUUAGUAAAAACCCAACAAAUCAGAUUUCUGUCUAAUGUCUGUUUACAGCAAGAUUCUCCUUUAAAUUUUCAAAAGAAAUCCCACAAAAUCACACCUAAUUUUUCAGUCGGUCUUCUCAGGCUGCUGUUUGUUUUACUGAAUAUUUUCUUAUCUGUUACAAAGAGAUUCCUCUGAAUACGUCUGACAUUCAGAGCUGUGUUUCACUCAUUUUUUAUCUUUUAAACUGAGUUUUUUUUUUUUUACUCGGCCUUUGUUACUAAGACACACAAACAUGCAAUGUUAGAGCAGCACAGAGCGUGGUAAUGAAAGUAUAAGAUUCAAUGAACCCUAGUGCCUUUACAUGUUCCGAUUUCUCUUUUAUGUUAGUUUAAUUCUCACCUGAUUUGUCUUUUCUUUCACUUUACAGAAUUAAAAGAAAUGUCAGUCGUUUCAGAUUUUCAGUCAGUCUUGUUAGAAUUACAUCAUCUGAUUGAAUCAGGUUGAUCUCAUUAGUCUGCUUUAAUCAGAAUUAUUCAGUUAGCUAAAACUAAUCAGAUUGUAUCUCUGAAAGCUGAGAAAAUGCGGCUUUCGAAGCUACUGUUGUGGCUCUCACCCAGGGUGAUAGCCUAGGGGCGGCACAAAAACUGAAUCGGUUUUUCUCAGUGUGCAUCAUGUAAGUUCUGUAGGAAAAUAUUGUUGAACACUUGCUAAUAAACACUUCCUGUUCCUGAACAGGUAGUUGUUGAAAGUGAGAACUUGUUCUCAACCAACUUACCUGGUAAAAAAAGAGUAAAUUUAUGUUUAAGUUGAUUAGUAAUAAUUUUCUUUUUCUUAACGGAUUCUCGAUUACAUCUAAUUACAUCCAAUCCCAAAUACUUAGACUGGUGGAAUUGUGUGAGUGGCAAAAAUGCACUAAAAUCAGAGUAUAAAAUAAAUAAUGAUGUAAAUAAAUAUAGACUGAGUGAGCCCAGGGUGCCAUUCACUGCAAGCUGAUUUAUUUUAAAUCAAAGUAAAAGAGCACAAAAAUGCCUAAUUUGAGCGCCAGCAGAUAUUAAACUUGUUUUUUCUUCUACACCCAGUGCAUUUUGCAACAGAUUCUACUGAGAGAAGAAUUUUGCAAUCUGCUCAGUUUAAGCAAUAUUCAGUUAUCUGAGGAGUCCAGCCUCCUUUCUGCUUGGCGUCACGCCCGCCAGCGCUGCUCUGCCAGAAAGAUAAACUUGAAGCUCGAGGUGAAGAGACUCAUCACAUCAGUUUUUUUAUUUCUGAUUUACGGUCCAGUUGAGGCGAGAGGCCACCAUCCCCGUAAUCCCUCUUUCACAAUGCAGCUAUCCAAACUCGCAGCGGUGACCCGGGGCUUGUGAGCUCCCCGCGCCGGAGCAGACAGAGCGGGACGCAGCGCGAUGAAAUGCACCGAGUGAUGGCGACCUGUUCUGAAAGCUUCAGAAUAGUUAGAUAAACACCACAGGGGCCACAGCAGGCGCCAAACGUUGCUGCUUGGUUUGGGUUUUCUUUGGGUGUCAAACUCUUUUUCAGUUUUGGGCCACAUAAAUGUUCUUAAAGGACCAGUUGUGUCAGAAUGUAUGUUGAAAUCUGCUAUAAAACUGUCAAAAUAUCGAAUGCAGAGACAGCCAUUUAUUAAUAAGUCAGUAUUCACACUGUUGACCUACAAUCAGAAACAUUGGGUUUUAAUGUGAAAGACCAACUCAAAGUGGAAUACAUUUAUGAAAUGGAAAGAAAGUCUUUUUACGUUGAUCAGUCCUGCCAGGAUUUUGCGAUCGUUUUUCAGAUUCCAGAUUUUGUGGUGCAAAUUUUGAAAUAUUUACAAGAAAUUUUGCAAACUUAAGGCCAGAUGUGACUUUUUAUCACGUGUAAUAUUGAUCACAAACUAUGAUUUCACUUCAAGUAAGGCAAACAAAAGUUAUUAGUUGUUUUCUAUUUCAUUGGCCAAAUUUUUAAUGCUCUUGACUUAUGGUCAGGGGCCAGUCAAAAUCAUUUUGAGGGCCACAAAUGGCCCGCAGGCCACACUUUGGACACCUAAUGUUUUUUGACUAUUUCUGCGGAAAAUCUGUAAGAAACUCAUAAUUAUGCUGUAGGACUUUUUGAAUUUGCGAUGGUGAAAAACUGUAGGGACUGAUUUAUGUAACUCGGAGCAUUGAGGGCCACAUGAAGAGCUCCAGUGGGCUGGAUUUGGCCCCGUGGCCUUGAGUUUGACACAGGUGGCGUAAAACAUUAAAUAUGGGCAACAACAGCAUAAAAGAGCUGCUUUUAUGCUCCAACUGUGCAUUAAGUUACUUUUUUGCCUUUUUUUGUUGCAAUGUUGUUACUUUAAAAUAUUUGAAUGCCUUUUUCUGUCUGUAGAAAUACGUUUACUUCACAAUAUCUUCAUUACUAUAAUUUCUGAAGAUGUUUUAACAACAUCCCUGAUUUUUGAUCUGAGGUAUAACUGAAUGUGUAGCAUCACCUGGAGCUCAGUGGGAUGUUUAAGCAGCUGUACGUUGUUUUUAUUGUAACUGUACGCAGUGCAUAUUGCUGCUUAUUUGUCCAAUGCUCGGCCUACAUUCCUGCCCCCUCCGGUGUCAUGCUGGGCUACUCCCAGCAUGCUUUGCUCCACCUGUGUGGCUUUGUUAAGAUUGCCAUCCAGCUGAGAGCGAUUCCUGCUCCUCAUGAAGAGAGGGAAAUUGUAAACCACUGAUGUACGUUUUGAUUUUUAAAGAAACUAACUGUAAUGUUUAACAAUAAAGUAAUAUAUCAAAAUGA